GGAGUAGCCUGGAGUACAGUGUGGAACACUUGUUCUUGCCUGGAUGAGCCCUGUAUUACAUCUAACUGUGGAUUUGUAAAAAUGAUGGAAGUUCAGUCCAGGUUACACCCUGAUAUUCCAGAGAAUGGGGAGCUGCCUCCUAUGGAAGUCAAUAGCAAUUGUGUCCCUCAGGAGAGCGGUGGAGAGGAUGAAAAACCAGUCUCAAAUCUGCAGAGGAGACGCAGUGAUGUCAAAGUAUACAAAGAAAUUUGUGACUUCUAUGCUCGAUUCAACAUGGCAAACGCUCUGGCAAAUGCGAUGUGUGAGCGCUGCCGUUCUGGCUUUGCUCCAGCAGAGAAGAUUGUGAACAGCAAUGGAGAGCUGUACCAUGAACAGUGCUUUGUGUGUGCGCAGUGCUUUCAGCAGUUUCCAGAGGGACUUUUUUAUGAGUUUGAGGGGAGAAAGUACUGUGAACAUGAUUUCCAAAUGCUCUUCGCCCCCUGCUGCCAUCAGUGCGGUGAAUUCAUCAUUGGCCGUGUUAUCAAAGCAAUGAAUAACAGCUGGCAUCCUGAAUGCUUCCGUUGUGACAUCUGUCAGCAAGUCUUGGCAGACAUUGGAUUUGUGAAAAAUGCAGGCAGACACCUGUGUCGUCCAUGUCACAAUCGAGAGAAGGCCAGGGGACUGGGGAAGUACAUUUGCCAAAAGUGUCAUGCAAUUAUUGAUGAGCAGCCUUUAAUAUUCAAGAACGAUCCGUAUCACCCAGACCACUUUAACUGUGCCAACUGUGGUAAGGAGCUCACAUCUGAUGCCCGUGAGCUGAAAGGAGAGCUCUACUGCCUACCCUGCCAUGACAAAAUGGGUGUGCCAAUCUGUGGAGCAUGCAGGAGACCAAUUGAAGGGCGAGUGGUUAAUGCCAUGGGAAAGCAAUGGCAUGUGGAGCAUUUUGUUUGUGCAAAGUGUGAAAAGCCUUUCCUUGGCCAUCGUCAUUAUGAGAGAAAGGGGCUGGCUUACUGCGAGACUCACUAUAACCAGCUUUUUGGAGAUGUCUGUUUCCAUUGCAACCGCGUAAUUGAAGGAGAUGUUGUGUCUGCUCUGAACAAGGCGUGGUGUGUGAACUGUUUUGCAUGUUCUACCUGCAACACCAAGUUAACACUCAAGAACAAGUUUGUGGAGUUUGACAUGAAGCCUGUCUGCAAGAAAUGCUAUGAAAAGUUUCCUCUGGAGUUAAAGAAAAGGCUUAAGAAGCUCUCGGAAACCUUGGCAAGAAAAUAA